AACUUUUGAGGGAAAUUUAUUAAUGUGUUUUUAGAUGUAUAAUGUUUAAACUUUAAGGUGAAGUUUCAUGAACUUACAGUACCUUUUGUCAGAAAGCUAAAAUUCAAUUGCAUGAUUUUUCUACUAAAAUGUGCAGAAAACUUGAAACUAGUUUGUAGUUGAAUGUAGAAUGUAGAGUGUAUUUCUUUUUUUAAAAUAUAACUUUUUAAACAAAUAUUAAUGAAGUUAAUAUGUUAUAAUAAAUAACAUGUUGAUUUUUAUGCAUUACCUGUCAUUAUUAUUAUUAUUAUUAUUUUAUACAGAUGUGAAAAACUGUUUUUCCAAAACUUAAAUGAACUGAGCCUUUUUGGUUUUAUCAAUUUGUGUAAAUUCAGGAAAAAAGGGAAGUGAAAUGUUACAACAGUUAAGGGUUAAGUUCAAAAGUCAAGGGUUAAGAGCCCAACUAAAGCAAACACUGAUCACCAUAACAGUAACUUAUAACCAUGCAAUAAAUAGAUGAUUGAGUGGAGCUCAUACAGAUCGAAUUUGUGAUUAACUGACAUGAAGUCUUCUGCAGUGUGGUUAUAGCAUCAUCUACUGGUCAUUGCCUGAAAUUCAUUUUAAAAUUUCAAUAACCUAUAAUCACAAUUCAUUUUGAUAUAUUCUUAGGGACUUUUAUUUUGAAGAUUGCAAUCUUCACCGAAAUUGGCUUAGAUCAUUGGUGUUUUUUUGUACCAUAAUUGCUAAAGAAUUAGUAGAAAUUCUCUUGAGAUCAGGUCUCAUGUGAAGCCACGUGAGAUAGAUUACACUUCAAUUGUUAUGUCUCAGAACACACACACACACACACACACAAAACCAUGAGACAUUCUUGCCUUGUGUUGAUGAUCAGUAUGAUGAGUGUAUAAAUGUCGCACCUUGUCAAGAGGUUUAAAAGAAUGCCAAUAAAUCAGCUAAAAGGAAUUGACAGUGAAUCAUUCAAGUCACCAUAUACAGUAUGUAUACACUGAUAAUAAAGUAUAUGGUGAAGUUUUUUUUUUUUUUAAUGGCAUACAAAUGAUAUUCACCUCACAUUUUGUUAACAGAAGUGAAGAAAACAAAAUGAAUGCUGUUUCACUUAUUGUAGUAGUAAACUUGAAUUUCACGAGGAUGUUUUGAACAAAGAGGUUGGUUUAGGAUUUAUUUUUGAUUUAGAUUUUUUUAACUAGAUCUUGUUCUGAAGACUGCACUUGUAUAGGCGUAUGUAAUCUUUUUGAAUCACAUUCCUGAACAGUUUCAUAGGAAAUUGCUAUCUAGCUAACUAUCUGCCAUGCAGGUUUUUUGAAUUUAAGAGAUUUCUUGGAAUUGGGCAGAGAUCAGAUAAGCAAAGCUAGAUGCAUUUUAUGAUGACAGAUUAUUUUCAAUAUAAAAAAGCCACUUUGCUCAUUUCUUAAUUUGAAGAGUCCUUUCCAUCUGGCUAUGAGCAAAAUCUUCAGAUCUUCUCUUCUCAACAUUACUCCUGAAAUGUCAGAAUUUCACAAAAAGAGACAACAGUAUUCUUGGGUAAGUUUGAGGUUAAGGUAUACUGCAAGGUCACUAUAACACUUCCAUUACUGAACAUCACAGGUUUAAGAGAUGAAUUUAAAUCUGUUUUAUGUCGGUGAACAAUGUUUAAUUGUGCCAUGUAUUGGAGAUUUUUUGUAUUUGUGAAAUUCAGCAUCUGUGCUUCAUUAGGUCUAUUAGAUCAUCUGAGGGAUUUGACUGAAUCAAGAUGCUGCUGAUCAUUGAAGCUCUUCUUCUCAUUUUAGCUGCUCUAGGACAGGAUCACAGAGCUGCUGCAGGAAAGAUAUAUCCAUUGAAUAUGGCACUGAAUUCUGUUGAUGACCAAUAUAAGGGAUGUAGCGAGAACAUGACACAUCUGGUCAAGACAAAAUAUCUAGAGAAGGAAAUGUCUGCUUCAGCUGAAUUUAACAAGACUUGGCAAGAAGGUGAAGAGAAUGCAACAAAAGCAGAGGAUAAGUUGCAACAAAUUCAUUCAGUCGCCAUUCAUGUUUACACUAACAAAGACUCUAAAGUAUACAGUAAUUUCACUAGUGCCACUCGUACUGACAAACAAAAAUACAAAGAGGGGACAUUCAAAUGGUAUUCACUUCACUUUCUGUUAACAGAAGCGAUCCAGAUUCUGAAGAAAACACAAAAUAGAUGCUAUGUAACUUAUCGUGGUACAAAUGUUAAAUUUGAUGUUCAGAACAAAGAGGUUCGUUUGAGUUCAUUUUCAUCCUCCUCUCUUGAUCGUAAGGUAAUACAGGGUUUUGGAAAUAAAUCUUGUUUUGAAAUCUACACCUGUGAAGGUGCUAAUUUGACAAAAUAUUCAAAGUAUCCUGAUGAGAAAGAGGUCCUAAUUCCUCCAUAUGAGACGUUUAAAGUCACUGCUGUCAGGAACAGAACAGAUCAGCCAGAUCUCUGGUGUGAGACAGUGUUUGUGUUGAACAGCACUGGAAAAACAAGUGACCUGAACUGUGCAUUGUUUAACAGGGGAAAUCAUGCUGCUUUCUUUAAUAUUUUGCCAAUUUUGAACAUUUUAUUUUGUGUUUACCUGAUAGUUAACUUGUAGAUUUUACAUGUUUCUCAUUGUUACUGAACACUGUAUUUCUAUAUUUCUAUUUCUAUAAGUUUUUCUAAACUUAAAGUUAUAAGAAUCUUUUUGGUUCUCAUUUUGUG